GCUGGCUUCAAGCGCAGUCUGCUGGAUACCAGAGAGUGGGAGAUAGCGAGAGAGAGGCGAGCCUUUAAAUCUCUGCGGUGCAGAGCUGGAAAAGCUGCUUCUCAGCGAAAAUCAGACGCCCUACUUACUUUGCUUAUUUGCUCCUAAAAUUUUCCUGGAGAAAAAAGGGACUUACAACCAAGAAGGUGCAACGAGGACUGGUGCCCGUCUCAGCGAACAAACGUGAUACUUCUUUUAUCAUUAUAAUUAUUAUUUAUGUUUAUUUUUUGUGAAUACGCUUCGACUGAAUGGACUGAGGCUUUACUUUUGCACUGAGACGCACUGCUUUCUACCUCCUGCCUGGUCUCUCUGCCAGAUUAUCCCAGCAGAAGUAGGCUAUAUGACGCAAACCCUGUGCAGAGCAUUAGUCUGAAAGUUUUCUUCCAAUACUUUUUCCGUUUUUUUUUCUUUUUUCCACCAAUCACACGGUGUUUCAUGCUACAACAAGUCAGUGCACAGCUGUGGAGGAGCCAAAAGAACUAUUGCAUGAAACAGGAAAGGAGAGAAGAGACCCUGAUUAAUAAGUCAGUUUUUGGGACGCUCGCAAGUACCUUUGCAUAUUUGCAAAAGAGUCGCGACAGCAACAUGAGUGCAGACAUGAGCAUGGGCCCGGAGCUACCCAGCAGCCCUCUGGCUCUGGAAUACGUCAAUGAUUUUGAUCUGAUGAAGUUUGACGUGAAGAAGGAAGGCCUGGCCGGGCUGGAACGCAACGGGGUGCGCCAGUGCAACCGUCUCCAACCUCAAGGCUCUGUGUCUUCCACCCCAAUCAGUACACCCUGCAGCUCGGUGCCAUCCUCACCCAGCUUCAGUCCCACAGAGCAGAAAAACCACCUAGAGGAGCUGUACUGGAUGCCGAACAGCGGGUACCAUCAGCAGAUAGACCCGCAGACCCUAAGCCUGACCCCAGAGGACGCAGUUGAGGCCCUGAUUGGAGUCACAACUCACGGCCACCCUCCGCCCCCGCAUGUUCAACAGCAGCUGCAGCAACAGCAAGGCGCUUUCGAGGGCUACAGGGGCCCACAUCACCACCACAGCCACCACGGCCACGGCCAGCAGCACCAUCACCCAUACGGUGGGGGCAUCCCUCACCACGCCGAGGAACUGUCCGGACACCCGGGUGGACACAACCACCCGCACAGCCAGCAUCACCAUCACCACAGCCAGGACCCCGACAGUCCGUCCCCGGUCUCCCCAGAGUCCCACCAGCCCCUCCAUCAUCACCGCCACCAUCACCACCACCAUCCACACGGCCACCUGAACCAGUCGGCGGCGCACCACGGCUCCGGAGGCGGACUCAACGUGGAGGACCGUUUCUCCGAUGAGCAGCUCGUGUCCAUGUCAGUGAGGGAGCUCAACAGACACCUAAGGGGCUUCACCAAGGACGAGGUCAUCCGUCUCAAGCAGAAGAGGAGGACCCUGAAGAACCGGGGCUACGCGCAGUCCUGCCGGUUCAAGCGGGUGCAGCAGAAACACGUGCUAGAAAACGAGAAGACGCAGCUGAUGAACCAGGUGGAGCAGCUGAAGGCGGAGAUCAGCCGGCUGGCGAGGGAGAGGGACGCCUACAAACUCAAGUGUGAGAAACUGACGGGGUCAGGGGCCAAUAACGGGUUCCGCGAGGCUGGCUCAACCAGUGACAACCCUUCAUCUCCAGAGUUCUUCAUGUGAGUGUUCAUAGCCUUUUCUUGUGAACCCCCCCCCUUACAACAAACUAUAAAUGACUGACUGGCUAAUGAACGAAACAAAAGACUGACUGGCUAAUGAACAAACGUUAAUAAUUCACACAUCCCAUACUGUUUAUGAUUAUACUAAUAACGGUAACAAUUAUAUUCAUAUUAGAGGAAUAAUUAGUAUUCUCAUAUAUAAUCAUCUCUCAUCCAUCCUCCAUUCACGUGUCAACUGAGAUACAAAGAGCAAGGUAAAGUGUCUAAUCAGUUGCAGCAUCUUUGUAGAUUAGUUGCUUGUAGUGAAGAGACUUUUCUUCUUCCAAGAAGAGGAUCGGCCGAUGAACUUUUUUUUUGUUCUCAUUUGAGACUACAGCUUUCAAAUAAUCUGUGUGUAGUGUGGGAUGGCGUCGAGGCAGUUGUCUUGUAAUUUUGUUCUCCAACAUGAUGACAUUGUUAUGAAACAACAAGUAGGCCUGGUCGCGCAGCCUGCAACACAUGAGACUCACAUUCGACAAGUGGGCCCGUAAUCGGAGAAACUCUCCAAAAGCAAAGACUUCACUUUAUGCAAAUCAAACUUCUGUACUAACCCGUUAGGGGGGGGGAGGGGGUGGGGUGACAUUUUAUGCUACAUCUCAUUGAUUUAUUGCCUGCUUGGUUAUAUUCGAAUAUAUAUUGAAACAAAAAAUCUGCAUUAAAUAUUAAUCCUGCAUGCUGGACAUGUACGGUAAUAAUUUCUAUUUUGUACUUUCAUCUUCUCGUGUAUAUUAAAAGCAUGUUGUUGAUCUGCGCUUCUCCAUAGUUGUGGGGGUUAGAGAAAUGCAGCGGGGACAUAACAGCAGGACUGCCGGUGCAGGAUCAUAUGGUGUGGGUUUUUCUGGGGCUUGUAAAUAUUAUGCAAACGCAAAACUGCACAACAAGAUUGAGGAGGCUGGUUUGAACCUUUCUUUCUUUGUGUUGUGUUUUAUUUCAUUUAUUUUUACGUUUUUUU